AUGGAGGAGGACAACAAAUACAUGUCCAAACUGUCACCCACUGUGGACUACUGGGCAGGCAUGUACCUAGUGGUGAUAGCGGUGCUCUCAGUGCUGGGUAAUGCUGCAGUCCUGCUGACCUCAGCACUGCGGCCGACUCAUCUCAAGGCCCCGGAGCUCCUGACAGUCAACCUGGCUGUGACGGACAUCGGCAUGGCUCUCAGCAUGUACCCCCUAUCCAUUGCCUCGCUCUUCAACCACGCCUGGAUUGGAGGGAAUUCCUCCUGCCUCUACUAUGGCCUGAUGGGGAUGAUCUUCGGCACGGCCAGCAUCAUGACCCUGGCUGUCAUGGGUUUGGUACGAUACCUGGUGACAGGAAACCCACCUAAAACAGGUAACAAGUUCCAGCGUCGGACCAUCACCAUGGUGAUCAGUGUGAUCUGGCUGUACUCUGGGCUGUGGGCUGUGUUCCCUCUACUGGGAUGGGGUGGCUACGGACCGGAGCCCUUCGGGGUGGCCUGUUCCGUGGACUGGGCCAGUUACCAAGACUCCCUGAACCGUUCCACCUUCAUCAUGUCUCUGUCUAUCCUCUGCACCUUCAUCCCCUGCCUCGUCAUCCUCUUCUCCUAUUUCGGCAUAGCCUGGAAACUCCACAAGGCCUACCAGGCCAUCCAAAGCAGCGACUUCCACUACGGACACAUCGAGAGGAAGGUCACUCUGAUGGCGGUGUUGAUCAGCUCUGGGUUCAUCGUAGCCUGGUCUCCCUACGUGGUGCUCAGCUUUUGGAGUAUGUUCCACACCAAGGGGAAGGACAGCCUGGCCCCCGUGGUCUCCUUGCUGCCCUGCCUGUUCGCUAAAGGUUCCACGGCCUACAACCCUUUCAUCUACUACAUCUUCAGACGCUCCUUUAGACGCCAGCUCCAGGUCCUGAUCUGCUGCUCUGCCCAACCAGACUCACCUUCGUGUAGGGAGACAGGAGAGGGCAGGCAGAGUGUAAGGUCUGACCUACUACAGAGCUUUCCGGAUGAUAAGAAUAGAGCUCCCUUGGUGGGGAAGUUGGGAACUGCGGAGCUGGAAAGAGUCUGAGAAAGAGCUGACAAGCUCCUGUUAAAAAAGUAUUGGAACACGACCUGUUUGAACAUUGGUCCGUACCCAUCAAAGGGUUAAGACUGUGUGUGUGAGUGUGCGUUAAAGGGUCAGAAAUGGAUGGGGUGCGAGUUAAUCAACUGCGUUUCUUCACUGUCAUUCUAGCACACACUACUAGGUCAUAGCCUCGUCCUCGCCACGUGACCAACAAAGUAACACUUUACUUGAAGUCAACAGACAAAAUGUAUUAUGAUGCAGUCAUAAGACACAUCACAUAUUAUAAUCAUUGUAAUAAGGUAUUAUAAGGGCUCAUACAUGUUUAUAAAAAAGUUGUAAAGCAUUGUGUUUUUUGGCUUGAAGUUAAAGGAAUAUCAUGUAGAAUGAAGCCCCUUAAAGGAAACUGGGUGAAUUGCAACAUUUGCACUGCUACAACACUAACAAUUCCACUUACGAUGUAGAAUUUUAGCAACCAGGAAAUAGCAAGUAAAUUUCUUAGAGCAAGUCAAGUUAUGAGUCUCUUUUACUUUCAGUUUUGCACACCAUUUCAGCCAUUGUUCAUUGUGCUUGUGAGGAGUUAACCAUGCCUCUGAGUGAUUCUGAUGGAAGAGAGGGAGGGUCCUGCCUUCCAAUUUGACAACAAGAGACAGACCAGCUUUUGUUGUCAAAUAGGAGGACUGCACCAUCAUCAUGUAACUUUGUGUGGGCCCCAAUUGAUUCAUUUUUGAACAAAUAUUGUGAAACAUUACACUAUUACCACAGAUAUAUUAAGGACAUUUUCUGAAAUGAAAAUGCAAAAAUAUGACAUAAUGCCCCUUUAAGUGUUAUUGUAAAGUUCACUUUAUUGUUGAAUGUUGUUGUGAGGUACUGUAGCAUUGAACUUAAACUUCACAAUGGUCACUAUGGCCAUUCACAAUGGUCGCUAUGAGCAUUUACAAUGGUCUCUGUGGCCAUAGUUCUGGUCCCUUUCUUCCUGUUUUGAGAGACUUGUUGGAUAUUGUAGCAUUGGCAGGCUACGAGACAGCCUUCUUGACUAUCCUCCCCAUGUCUAGAGUGUUCUGUGAGUUUGUCCCCAAUAGAAGCCUCAGGAACCAUCAAGUUAAAAGAGGAGAGCUAAUCUGACAUUGCACCCUAUUCCCUACAUAGUCCACUACUUUUAGAUAGAGACCUAUGUAGCUAAUAUUAUUCUGAUGUGGCAGUGGUUGUGAACCAUGUUAGGAAUAGGGAAUAGUGUGCCAUUUUGGAGGCGGCUGGAAACUUCAGGAAGCGUUUUUCACAUCUGACCUUGUUUGUGUGACCUCUAAUGAUUGUAACAGAGCUACUCUGAGAAAAUCAAACAGCUUUAGAAAAGCAUAUUUUUUUCUCUGUCUUUGUUGCUCCUAAACACUUCUACUUCACAAUAACAGCACUUACACUUGACUGGGUUAGCUCUAGCAGGGCAGAAAGCUGACUUGUUGGAAAGGUGGCAUCCUAUGAAGGUGCCACGUUGAAAGUCACUGAGCUCUUCAUUAAGGCUAUUCUACUGCCAAUGUUUGUCUAUUUUUCAAGAAAACCUUGAAAAAAAAUUGAAAAUCUUGAAAAAUAUGAUCUUCUUUUCCUCUGCAUGCCCUGAAACUCAACUCCUCUGACAAUAGAAUGUUUUUUGUUGAAUGUUGUAACGGAGACCCUGACAUUUUGACAUUAAUAGAUCCUGUUUCUUCAUCUAAAUUCAUCUUUGUUUGCAUUAAUAUUGUGUGCAAAAUUCUAAAUAUUGCAUUGAGUUAUUAAAACCCCCUAGAGUCAAUAUCCACACCUUUGCUGAAAUUGAAUUAGCAUAAUAAAAAAAUCCCCAUCAAAAUGCAUCAGUUUAAGCCAGAUGUCGCACUUCUUUUUUAUUUUAUUACCCCUUUUUCAUGGUAUCCAAUUGGUAGUUACAG